GUGGAUGUAACACUGUUUUCAGUGCUGUGUGAUUUGGGACAGAGCCCACAUAGGGAAAACAUGGAACAUUAUUACACUAAAACAAAAAGGUUCUUUAAAAAACUCUUUAAGUGAAAUGAAGCGGUCUGCUGUAAGGGUUCUUUGUAUAAGGUUUUUUAGUGGCAUUACUGUGUUCAUUCCUCACAUGAUCAAGGACUUGUCCUGGCCUGCCUCUUAACGAGGAUAUCUGCAAUUGGAGGCCACUCUGUGCAGCUGGGAAUGGUUAAAGGCCGGGGAAUUCAUGAAAUUACGAAGCAACACAAAACAUAUGAGAAUGGAUUUAGACUGUACUUGUUGUCAACAGUCUGCUACACUGACUCAGGACUACAGCUAAGACGCGAACCGAAACCGUGACUUUAAAUCCGAGGAAUUGGCGAAACUGCGGACCUGAAUUAAUUAGACGGAGAAUACCGAGUGCCGAGAAGGGUCGGAAAAUGCCGAGUGACGCGGAAGAAAAACUCGCAUGGCAGGUGCACGCACGCGGAUUCAGAAUGCAGUGAAAUUUGGAAAUGCGAUGAGAGGGAAAACGCAUCAGCAAAUGGUCACCUCAGGGACACUGAUGGUAUGAAGAAGUCUCUAUCUAAAGACUAAUUGCCACUAAAUUUUGUGUUAUUUUAUUUUAAUAAUGUGCAAUACGGAGAAUAGUUGUGUAUUGGUUAAUAUCUAAAUGUACGGUACAUAGUUUGUGUUCUUAAAGAAAUACAAAGUGCGGACAUACCACUUGUUUGUUUAAAUAGAAUACCUAGUAUAUUAAUGCUCUGCUUAAAUAACGGCUGAAACAAGCUAGUAUGCAAAUGAAGAGUUUGUUUGACAUCGAGGCAGUUUAUAUGGGACAAUCUCUGUUUAUGUUAGGUUUGUUUACCGAUAAGUGAAUGCCUAUCUUUAUUAGCAUUAUUUUAUUCAUUUUAUUUUGCUUUGUUUCCUUUUGUUUUGUGUUUCCUUCUUCAAGGUUGUCAACCUAAUUCACUCUGCUUGAGCUGAAUUGAACAAUCUCUGUAAGCCUGUACAAACUACCAAAUACAAGAGCUAAAAAGUGAUUUGGAGUUGUUCCCUGUGUCCCCUGUUGUUGAUUAAUGCUCUUUUCGAGUUAGAAGCAGAUACUGAUGUGUAAAAUUCCCACAUAACUCGACAGUUGACAACCAAAUGUGUAGCGGCGAAGACGAAAAGAUCAACGGCUUAGAAAAGUCCAAAGACAAAGUGCUGCUGACACAUAGGAGUUAAGUGAAUCACAUAUAAAGCAAAAUGGCUGAAGAAGCAUUAGGGAAAACAGUUGAGCAACUGAAAAGGGAGAGAACUUCUGUAAAAAGCAGCUUCACCAAGCAAGCCAACUUCCUCUGUAGAGAAGCACAUAGACUGAUAGAAUCAGAGCUCAAGGAAGAAUUCAGAAGGCUUUCUUUUGAAGCGAGAAGAGUUUUUGAAAGCAAUGAUGAUUAUAAGGCUGGAUUAUUGGCAGAGAUUGAAGCCAACCAAGAAGAUGGCGCACUAGCACUACUUUCGGUGCAGCAGGAAGCUGACCUGAAGAAAACUGUGGAGGACUGUAACGCAAGGUAUAACAGAGUCAGUGAAAUAGUGCAAGAUAAUCUCUGGAAAAGAUACGGGCAGGAUGAAGUGUUGGCCGCAGUUUCUGAAGGAGAGAAAGCCUGCGAUCGCACAACCUCUAUACCUGUCGAUGGUGUUGGCUACGAUAGCUACGAAAUGCAACUGGAGCUCUUGAUGCGACUGGUGAAAGAAGCAGUAGGAGCUUUCUCAAACUGGGAAAGAUGGGCUCCCACAACUGAAAGAAAGGCUCUAGAGGGUCGUGUACGAAAACUGAAAGAGCGUAGUAACGAGCUUGAAGCGCGAAAAGCUGAAUUUGUCUGGGCACGAAGAGCUGCUGAGGAUGCACGAGCACCAGAAAUUAGUAUGAGGGAAAAACUGGAUACAGGAGCACACGCAGCACAGAUCAUGCCAGUGGUCAGAAUUAAACCAACAAGUUUACCGACGUUUAGUGGCAAUAGAAGAGAUUUCUAUCGCUGGAAAAGGGACUGGGGAAGUCUCCAAAAGCAAGGUGAACCCACCGGGUCAGCUGAGGUUAAAAAGAUCCAGCUGGUGGACAGCAUUGAUGAGAAGAUCGCUAAGGAGCUCCGACUAUCUUCCUAUAACAGUGCUGCUGACAUAUUCAGGGUGUUAGAGAACCGGUAUGGUAACAAAGUAACAAUUGCCAUGGAGAUUGUCGAUGAGGUGGAAAAAAUCCCUGCAGUGAAGGAAAAUCAACCAAGAAGGGUUGUAGAAUUAAUUCAAAUGGUAGAAAAAGCCCUGGCAGAUCUCACGGAUCUCGGAAACGUUGGUGCCAUAAAAAAUCCGCUUGUAAUAAAAUCCAUUGAGAGCAAGUUACCAGACUUUGUGAAAAGAGACUGGCUUGUUUACAUGACAGAUCCUGCAAAUGGCAUAACACCAGAGAACCAUUUUGAUGCACUAUUAAAGUUCCUAAAGAAACAAGAAGAAAUUCUUGAAAGGCUUGAGCAAUUGAAAAUAUCAGAAAGAGCAGAAAAGCCAGAAAGAAGGAACUACGCUUUCACCAAAACGACAAAGAAGGCUUCUGUAGAGGACGGGUGCAUCGUAUGUGGAUCAGAGAAACAUAAGGGCAAGAUUUUCUUCUGUAAAAAAUUCAAAGAACUAAAACUAGCAGAGAAGUCGUCAAUUGUGAGAAGACUGGGAGCAUGCAAAAGGUGUUUAGGGUGUCACAGAAUGAGGACGGUGUAG